GGCCGUCGCGCUACCACGACACGCACGCGUCCUUCCCGCGCAAUGAACCAGCAAGCCAACAACACAUAAACCAUCAAAAUGAAGCCUAAUCGGUUAUAACGUUUUGUUCAAACCCCAUUUUUAAUAUUAGAUCGAAUAUAUAAUUAUUGUGAUAUUUAGUUAGUUCUUCUGUAUUUUUAAUAUUUAUAAUCGUUACGAUGAUUUCAUUUUACUUUAUUUAAUGUUCUUAUUUUUAAUAUAUAAAUAAAUUCAGUGCUCAAGAUAAUCUCAUUCCAAAGUCGCGCAGUUAUAUACUAGAAGUCUUGCUACAAGAAUUGCGAUGACAGCAAAAACUCGUUCACAUUGGAAGGAAUAUGGAACAGCACUAUGUGCAACGCUUAUCACCGCAACUGCGGGUACCUGCUACGGCUGGCCCUCACCUACAUUACCGUACCUACAGUCACCUGAGAGUAAGAUACCAACUUCACACGACGAGGGAUCAUGGAUAGUCUCGAUAAUGAUCCUGUGCUCAGCGUUGACGCCGAUCCCCUCCGCCUACUUCGCGGAUCGGUUUGGGAGGAAGACCACGCUGCUCCUCGGAGCGGUGCCCUUCAUCCUCGGGUGGAUCCUGGUGAUCGUGGCCAAGUCUGUUGCUGUCCUGUACGUGGCGCGCAUGUUCUCUGGCCUGGGCUACGGAAUUGUCUACACAGUUGCUCCAAUGUACACAGGAGAAAUCGCUACCAAUCAAGUUCGAGGCGCUCUCUCUACACUCAUCACGUUAAUGAAUAAAGUCGGAAUUCUUGCCCAGUACUGCAUCGGUCCGUUCGUGUCGAUGCAGACCCUCGCCGCCAUCAACUUGAUCCUGCCCAUCACAUUUGUUAUUACCUUCAUCUUUCUGCCCGAAUCUCCUUACUACUACUUAAAGUUCGAACAGAGUGAGAGGGCUGAACGUUCCCUUAGAAAUCUACGUAGUGGUGAUAUAAGAACUGAACUCAAAAGCAUAGAAUUAAACGUUCAAGAAGAUAUGAAGAACCGUGGAACUUGGAGCGACUUGAUAACUGAAGCCACCAAUAGAAAAGCUAUGUGGAUCACGCUGGGAGUGUUUACUAUACAACAGCUGUGUGGCAGUGCCGCUGUCGUGGCCUACGCUCAAGUCAUAUUCAACUGCACCGCCAACCCAAGUGCCACCACUAUACUUCCUAACGGCACAGUAUUAGAAACGGCUGGCGGCAUAGGUCCCAUGGAGCCCUACCAAGAGUCUAUCAUUCUUGGAUGCGUUCAAGUCGCCACUUGCGUCUUAUCCGUAAUACUCGUGGACAGAGUGGGCAGGAAGCCACUUCUCUUACUAUCAGCUCUAGGAGUGGGGCUCAUGAACGGUACAAUUGGUACAUAUUUCUACUUCGAUCACGUCAACAAGGCCGCCGUGUCACAACUUCACUGGUUGCCGCUCGCUGCUCUGCUCUGCUACAUCGUGUGCUACGCUAUUGGUUUAUCGACGGUACCCUACGUCAUCAUAGGAGAAAUGUUCCCGACCAACGUCAAGCUGUACGCUUCCUGUAUCGCUCAUAUCUACACUGGCAUCUCCAUGUUCACAGUCCAAAAACUAUUCCAGGUGGUAAAGGACGCGUACGACAUCUACACAGUAUUCUGGGGCUUCUCGGCGUUCUCGCUCCUGGGGCUGGUGUUCAUGCUGGCGGUGCUGCCGGAGACCAAGGGCAAGUCGUUCGCGAGCAUCCAAGCGCAGCUGAAGCGCGAGGUGGCGCGAGACAACGCUAAGAAACUCGCCACCGUCGAGUACUGAGCGUAGGCUCGACACCGCCCGGAUAAGUUCUCACUAGUUUAGCAUAAGCUUUACUUUAAUGUGUUUUAAGGGAUCAAGCAAGUUGGAAUGACAGUUAAGGAUAUUGAUACUUAAAGUUUAAUAUACUUUAGCAUAGUAUAGUGUAACAACGUACAGUUUUGUAUAAAGUAUUGUAGACACUAUUACAAGAGUAGCCUAUGUAGGCACAGUAGAGGGAGGAUGGUGGGCGCCAGUAGGGUCGUGCCGGAGAAGGCGGUGAAGUCCUCGGGGUCGUAGUGGGCCGGCAGCGAGCGCGAGCGGAUCACCUCCGAGUACAGCUUGGCCGAGUGCUUCGCCGUACGAGUCUUGUUCGGACUCUUGAAAUCAACCAGAUACAGACCGAAGCGGGACCUGCAAAUGCAUUUACAACUGUGAAAAGAGUGAAAUUAGACAUUUCUGACUGA